UUUCAGAUUAAUGAGAAUAAAUUAAUGGGAAUGAGAACGUGUCCUUACAAGAUCACUAUAAAGACAAGUUGCAGUUCUCCAAUAUAUUCAAAAGAUGUAAUCGGUCUUCUAUUUGGUGACGCUAAUGGUGAAGAGAUUACGGUGGUAAGUGUAGGUCGUCCCGAGACAGAGAUAUUGGAGCGGUGUAUGAUGCUUACAUAUGAUGUAUUGGGAAGUUGUAUUGGCAAAAUCUGCAAACUGUAUGUAGCUAGGGUUGGAUCAGAUGGUUGGGUGCCAGAGACUAUCACAGCAUACCACAAUAACUACCCACCUGCCAUAUUCAACUACGACUAUUUCAUUCCUGAGGGUAAACGCUAUGGCUUCAAUUAUUGCCAUCAAUAAUUUUAGUGGUACAUUCCUUACAUGCUUGUUUGUUCUGUUCUUAAACAAAAAAUAUAUGUAUGAAACUAAGAAAUAAACAUGUUUCUUUAUAAAAGAUGAAUGAUCUUACA